AACGGUUGUCGCUGCCGGGUCUUACGAAGCUCGUUUGGUCAGUUCAGCAACGUGUAUAUUCAGCCUGAAACAGGUAAACAAGAUUAAACUUCUACUUGUUAACACCUGACAGUCACACCGUGUUCAGUUGCUGCGACUAAACGCUUUAUGCAGCUCGUGUAAAAAUGGGUCGACGCAAGUCUAAGCGAAAGCCUCCCCCAAAGAAGAAGAUGACAGGGGAUCUGGAAACCCAGUUCACCUGCCCCUUCUGCAACCACGAGAAGUCAUGCGAUGUCAAGAUGGAGAGAAGCAGGAACACCGGGGUGAUCUCAUGCUCCGUCUGCUUGGAGGAGUUCCAGACUCCCAUUACCUAUCUGUCGGAGCCUGUGGAUGUGUACAGUGACUGGAUAGAUGCCUGCGAGGUAGCCAAUCAGUAGUCCUCGUGGAGCUCGACGCGUCUCAGGGAGCUGGAGAAGCCCAACGUGCGACAGCGGGGCCACGCCCAUUCAGAUCACGCGGCUCCGAGGACAUGCUUGAAACAUUCGAUCGCGAUAUGCCCAGAUUUUUAUGGUCAGUAGAGAUUUGCCACUCUGCCAUCAGAAGUCUCACUUCUGGCAUCCUCAGCGAAAAACCUGUUGGGAAAAAACUUGCAUCCUGAUUUUCAAGCCUAUAGUUUGGUAAUAGCCUGCUACUUUAGCUUUACAUUUUGAGAUUUUAUGUAAUCUGUUCUGUGCAGGGUGCCAUGACUUCUGAUACAUACAGCAGAGCUGUCUAUUUUUAAAUGUAGUAUUUGAAGGCCCAGAAACAAAUGCACACUCUUUAGAUAUAUAAUUUUAAAGUAAAGAUAGAAAUCCAGAUAUUUAGUUUAUUCCAACUGCUAAAUGUUGCAGUAUUGAGUAAAAAAAAUAAAAGUAAAUAGAAUAAAAUAUGCAAAAAGUUCAUAUUUGGGGAAGUCAGGUCCUUUAGUAAGUCCUGGAUAGUGUACACAAAACAAACGAUCCAUUUAAAGCUAAAGUUAUUCGUUCUUCAUCACUCAGUAGCAUCUAUUUAAAGUGCAACACUUUCUUAUUGUCUGCAUUAAAGCUUGAAGCAUGUUCAAACGUCUUGGAAUGGAUGUUGAGGGACUUCAGGAAAAUAAUGCUUCGCAAUAGUUAUUUGUGUCUUAAAUGAAUGCUGCAGAUUGCCAGCUCUUUGUAUAAAGUAAUCCAUGAUUUCCUCUAGGGAGAGCAUUUGUGACCAAUUUUCUUCACCGUAGCAUUUCUUAACAACACUCUGCUUCCUCAUAAAACGGAAGUAUUACAGCAUUAGGUCAUCCAAAACACAAAAACCUACUCAACACCAGAAUAACAACGGUUAGCCUCAUAGUUAAUAAGUGGGUGAAUAGUUCACUGUCCGUUCAGUUUUCACUUCAGCGUUGUACUCUUGUUAGAUGAAAGAAGCCUUUCCUAAACGAGUAAACUUUGUUUAUUUGAACAGAUAUGCAGAAUGGUCAGUUUUGCUCUGCUGGAGUCUGUGAUGCUGGGUGCUUGUAAAUUUAACAUGUAUUAAACAAGUAUUCUAAUGUUUUCAACUGUGACCAGUAAAAUAAAGACUUUUUACCUGA